AUGUUUCUACUACCAACAUAUCUAUUAAGUAUAGUCAUUGUUUUUAUUACUACAAGUCAUGGACAAUUUGAUCAAUCAUUGUGUCCGGAUGGACCAUCUGCACCCAUACCGGACCCAAAAUGGCGCUCUAUACCACAAAGAUUUGAAAUAAUGACCGAACUAGUUUCUGGAACUGAUGUGAUGGAAUUAUCACAAGCUUUUUCACCAACACGUGAUGCUAUUGCAGCAAGUACCACAAAAGGCCCAAUCCAAUUUUAUUGGAAUUUUGGAACUAAUGAAGCAUUCCAGGUGUUAACUGCUGUUGUCGCUCUAAAUCCAGUGCCAGUAUGUCUACGACAAGUAAUUACUCCUGAAUCAGAAACAAGUGUCAUUCAACCAAAUACUCUAUUUGUUAAACCAUCAAUUCUUCUUGGUUAUGAUCCACGUAAUGAACCAAAUCGUCAAUGGGGUAUUCGUUAUGAUGGUGAUGAAGAUUUACGUGGUAUACCUACAAAUCGAUUUAAAUCAUGUUUUUAUGUCAAUGAUAUCAAAGCAACAGUAUCAGCUACUUAUUAUGUAUCUGAUGUUAACAAAUUUCAAGCUUAUUUACCAGCAAAUACAAGUAUUAUUGUAAAAUUAGAUGUGACUAUAUCACAUCCAAGUGGACGUCGAGAAUCAUAUACAUAUAAUGUUUUUCGUUAUACACCUAAUCCACGAAGAAGUGAAGAACGUCAAGCAUUAGAAACACCUGCAGGUGUAUUUUGUCCAAAUCG